CACGCCGCCCCCGGCAGAACAGAGCACGAAGUCUUAUCUCAGAGUCGGCGCGUUGAGGAAGAAUCCGUUUGACGUGGACAUGGAGCUUGGUGACUUCGAUGAUCCUUUCAUCGACCAAUGCGCUAGCGAGCUGCCGACGACGAGCCCGUACGCCUCCAGUAGCUUCCGCGCGAAUUCCUUCGCUUCCGAACCCAUUAACUCGAAUUCCUACGCUUCAGAGACUCAGCGAUCAAGCCCCUACGACUCCAUCCGCCCUGCUCCCAAUCCUCGCAAUCGCACUACCAUCCGAACAAAUCCCUUCACCGGCACUAUCCACACUUCGCAUUUUCCGCCCUCUCCGCCCUAUGCACCACCGCCGCCCCAAAAGCUCUGCCUCCACAUGCGUCGCAGCGAAUCCCCAGAACCCCAAGAAGAGUCUGUCCCCUCCUACUUGCCCGCACAGCCAGUGCAAUGUCGGCUCCGCAUCCGUGUCCGCAAGUGUCAGGAGCUGACGAACGAGAGUGCACGGAUCCUCCCUGCGAAGCAGCGGCCUCGAAUCAGAAUCCAAGUCUUCGAGGAGCCGGAGCCGAUCGGGGAGCCAGACAUAUCCGUCUCGGGAGAAACAGAGGAGAGCACGCAGAAUCCGGUUACGAGGCGAACGAAUGUGACGUGUGCCUCCUUCCCUCGAUCGUAUGGAACGGUGCGGAGGGAGGUUAUCAGUGCGUUUUGGGCGGCACCGAGGGAGGUGAGGCAGGCGACGGGGUAUGAGACUAUCAGGUGGAUAGGUAAGAAAGAGUAGAACGCGGUAAGGAGCGCCAAGUAGGAACGCGGGAGGAUGCAGUAGGUGACUAAGAAGAAGAGGUGACGAUGGAAUGAAAGGAAAGAAAGGCUUUGUGCCAUGGGGCGGGAAGAGAAACGCGCUGAGAUCUGUCUGUUCAUCUAUAGGUAGGCGCGCUUUAUGUAGAGUUAAGCACCAAUGAUGUUAUG